AUGUCGAAUGACCAACCGGACCAAAUGAACACUCACCCGGCAGCGGCAAACUUGGGAGAAGCUCAUGGCAGAAGCGAGCUUUCCGCCGAGCAAGAGGCCCUGAAAGCAGAGUUCGUGGCCGCUGGGGGCACAUGGUCCACCUCGUGGGAAGCACUCGUGUUGCUGGACCCGGGUUACUUUUCUGCGUAUCUGCGACUGCGCUCAGUCCCCUUCAGAAGAAAGAAAUUGCCACGCAAAAUCCAAGAGCUUGUUCUUCUCAGCCUGAACGCGUCUUGUACUACUAUGUUCACACCCAGCAUCCAAGCACACACCUGGGGCGCUUUGCAAGCAGGGGCUACAAGGAGUGAGAUCAUGGAAGUUCUCGAGCUGGCCUCAGUUUUGGGAAUCCAUGCAGUGAACGUGGGUGUUCCACUCCUUCAGGAAGUCUUGCGCGAGGAACAGCUGGCUCCCAGUCAGGUCGCAGACACACUCGAUCAUCGACGGGAAGCACUAAAAUCCGACUUCAUCAACAAGCGAGGGUACUGGCACUCGAGCUGGGAGAACGUGCUAGAACUCGACCCGGACUUCUUCGAAGCAUAUACUGAGUUUUCAUCAUACCCUUUCCGGCAGCGCCAACCUUCCGAGCAGUCAGAUGAGAAUGUCAUGUCUCAAGGUCUUGAAGCCAAGGUGAAAGAGCUGAUAUAUUGCGCAAUUGAUUGCGCUACAACGCACCUCUUCGUACCAGGAUUGAAGAUUCACAUUCGCAAUGCCUUGAAAUAUGGUGCCGGACCUGAAGAGAUCAUGGAAGUUUUCGAGUUGGCAAGUCUGAUGGGCAUUCAUACUGUGACUGCUGGCGCUGAGGUGCUGGCGAGCCUAAGCAAGACUUGA